GAUUAAGAUGAAGAGUAGAAACAAAACUAAAGGACAUCAGACUAUUCAAGAGAUUUAUGGGCCUAAGGAUACCCAAGAUAGUGCAAAUUUCUUCAUGACACAGAUUGAUAUCCACAAUAAAAGCAAAUUUCAGCCUAAAUAAUUCCUUCAAAAGAAUUAAGAAGGCUGCUGCUUUGCCGUCUCUGAGUAGAAACAGCUCCUUGCCAAGUCUAAAAUAUUAUCAGAGUCAAGCUGAAGAUAGGCCUAAGACCAUGGUUCUACAAAAGCGGAAGAAAAAGAGAAGGUUCUCAAUGGAAAGACUUAAGGAUCUCUGUCAGCCUAAGACCAAGCCAAUUACUGAGGAUGACCUGACCAACAAAGAUCUUCGUAAAAAUACAAGAGAUGAUAUUUAUGAAUACGUUAAAGAUGCUUUAGAAAACAAUAGUAAAAUUCCAAUGCUGGAUAAAAUCAAAUUUGACCAGACUUCUAAAGUUGCUAAAAUCAACGAAAGAAAUAAGAUCAAGUCUGAAAUCAUCCUUAAGAGAGCUCAUUUAAAAUAGACUUGAAAACCAGCUUUACAAGCUUGAGGUUUUGCAUGAUUCCGAGUUCAACCCAGAAAUUGGAAGAAUGAUCACUUUAAAAUAAAGCUGUUGAAAAGUCUGCUUACAAAAUUGAAGUUCUCGAGAUGGAUGCAGAUAUCCUCAACCAUAUCCUUGAUAGAACAAAGCAAAGCCUGCUCAAUAGGAAACGACCUGUCCAAGAGAAGGAAAAGGAUCUUCAGAUCAUGCAGAAAACCAUUGGAAGCAUGAGAAAAGAAACUGCUCUCAUCAUGAAUGAUAAAAACAACAUUGACAAAGCAAAUGAACGGAUAUUGAAGAAGUUUACGGACGAGAACAAGCAUUUCACAAAUGCUUUUGAAGGCUACAUUAAAGAAUUUAAACAGAUCACUUUAGUAGAUGCCCUUAAAACUCAGAUAAAAGAUGUCUCCAAGAAGAAUAAAGAAGAGAGACAGAAGAAAAUCUAUAAUGCUAAUUUAGCCAAGAACGGCCUCAAGCAGAUCAGGAAGGAAGAAAAUAGAGCAAAACUUGAAGAAAAUAUUGAAAAACUUCGAAAAUAAUCAAAACCUCUUCGCUAAGAUUCAAUCUAAGUGUAAUGUAAAGGACAUUCACGACCUGAACGAUUACCAUAAGUAUCUUCAAGAUACCAAUGUGCAUCUGGAGUAUCAAAAAUAAGGUGAUGGAGGAGGAAAAAUCUAAGAAAGAAAAGAGGCUUCAAAGAUUAACUGAAAUUCUUGAGAAGAAAAAGUUCUCCACGAAUUCUAACAGCCAGUACAAUAAAAUUGAAGUUGAGCACACUCUCAAGUGCAUUCAAGAGGAAGGUGCUUAUGUAGGCCCCCAUUUUGAUGAUUAUAUUAAUGAAGAUGAUCAUACACGAAAGGAGUUCAGAAAAAGAAGGCUAGAGAAACUUAAAGUUAUCCAAAAUUCAUGAGUAAUGCUGAUAUAUAGACUCUCAACUCAGCUGAAGCUUGGGGUUGAUAUCACUGAUAAGAACUUGGUGGGAAGACUUACUUCUAUUGGACUACAUUUAGAACAUAUAAUGGCUACUCUAUCAAAGGACAAACAGAAAUUGUACAACUUAGAGAGUAUUAAUACUGAUACUAGUAGCCAGUUCCCACCUGAGUUCAUGAAUAUUAAGUAUUUUUAUGCUCAAGAACCUAAAAAUGUCUCUGUAGUUGAAGAAAAAGAUGAAAAGGAUGAAGAAGUGAGUUAUAUCCAAAAAGGAUAUCAAAAGCGUAGAGAAAAGAACAAGGAUUUGAAAAACUCUUUCACCUCUAGUCCAUCGUCUAAGAGCAAAAAGAAACCUACAAAAGAUUCCAAGAGAAGGUUGUCUUCCACUGAAAUUUGUAUUACAGAUCAUGAGAUUCGUCCAAUCUCUCAGAUAAUUAAAAGAGCAAGAAAAGUAUUCAUGAAGAAGCCCGAAUAAUUUUAAUUAAUACUACCAACAAUAAAAAAUAAGAUACUUGCACAUGGCAAUCUUUGUGAUGCUGUCUAGAGU